GGGGGGGUCAGGGAGCGGUGCAAGAUGGCGGCGUGCAGUACGUGAGUGUGAGGGGGGCCGGCACCCGGGCCUCUCUCCGAUAAAGAGACCAUGUACAGUGUGUUUUGUCGGCUCUUACCAGGCCGGUUGGGUGUGUGUGUUUUCGAAACUCUUCAAAAAGUUACAAUCAUAAAGCAAUUUCCAAAGGUUAUUGUCCGUCAUUACAGAUCAGGCAAUCGUGAAUGGCUCACAUUUCAGCAUUUUACCCUUCCUAAAUGCCAGUACGUAACGAAAGUUGAUAAAGGAUUGUACCAACGUGCAAAACCCAAAGCUGAACCAGAAAAACAACCACUGAUCAAUGAUGAAACUGUCCUCCGUUCAGUGCAACAAAUUCCUGCAAUUAUGCCUCAUCCGCCCAGUCUUCAAGAGCAUGAAGACAACACGACAGAGAAGACAGCGAUGGCUGAGGUAGCUGAGGAUAAAAUGACUGUCCAAGACAUCAGGGAAGCAAAACAUUGGAAAGAGGCGAAAGUGCAACUGUCGGAUCUACCAGGGAUCUAUGCAAGACUGUCUAAAAUAAAACUCACAGCUUUAGUUGCAACAACUGCAUCUGCUGGGUUUGCAAUGGCACCUGUACCCUUUGACCUGAGCUGUUUCCUCCUUGCCACUAUUGGAACAGGCCUUGCUUCCUGCGCUGCCAACUCCAUUAACCAGUUCUUUGAGGUGCCAUUUGACUCGAACAUGAACAGGACGAAGAACAGGCCCCUGGUCAGAGGACAAAUUAGCCCUCUCCAUGCAGUAUCUUUCGCUGUUGCCUGCAGUGUGCCUGGUAUAGCUCUACUGACCCUUGGAGUUAACCCACUGACUGGAGCUUUAGGAGCCUUUAACAUUUUCCUGUACACAUGCUGCUACACCCCAAUGAAACGGUUGAGUAUACUUAACACUUGGGUAGGCUCUGUGGUUGGAGCCAUUCCUCCAAUUAUGGGCUGGACAGCAGCGACAGGCAACAUCGGCGCAGGUGCCUUGUUAUUGGGUGGUAUCCUGUAUUCCUGGCAGUUCCCACAUUUCAAUGCUUUAAGCUGGAACCUUCGAGAAGAUUACUCACGAGGUGGAUACUGCAUGAUGUCGGUCACACAUCCAUCGCUGUGCAAACGGGUGGCAUUCCGUCACUGCAUUGCUCUCAUUGGACUGUCAACUCUGUGUCCUGUCUUUGAUGUAACAACAUGGACUUUCCCACUCAUUUCUCUCCCAAUCAACUUGUAUAUCAGCUACCUCGGCUUUCGAUUUUACAGGGAUUCAAAUCGCAACAAUGCUCGAAAACUUUUCUUUUGCAGCCUUUGGCAUCUCCCUAUGUUGUUGCUCCUCAUGCUGACCUGCAAGAAAUCUCUAUUUGGAAAUGAUGGAAUAGCUCACCACAAAGUUAAAGCAGAAAUGCAAGCAUAACAUUCAUUAUGAAGUCUUCAAAAGGUGGCAAAGACUAUUUCUAUAUCAUGUUGCUAUGGCCUCGUCAAUUGGGAUGCACUUAUUCGUUCCUGGUAGUUGUACCACCGUUUAUGAUUUUGUAAUGUUACAUAAAAAUUGUUCUUUUCAUUUUCAUAGGAACACAAGUAGGCCAUUCAUCCCCUCAAGCCUGCUCAGCCUUUCAACACAUCACGGCUGAUCGGUACCUCAACUCCAUGUGCAUUGAUUCCCUUAUCUAAUAGUUUUACAAGCUCCAAUUAUCUCAGAAUCCACAGCCUUUUAGGGGAGACAAUUCCAGAUGUCUACUAUCCUUUAUGUAGAAAAAAUGUUUCUUGACCUUUCUCCGAACUGCUCUAGCUCUGAUUUUACGUCCCCUUGUUCCUCACUCAUUCAGGGAAAUAGUUCAUCUGUGUCCACCCUAUGGAAUCUUUAUGACACUUCAAAUACUUUGAUCAGCUCAACCCUCAAUCUUCUAAAUUCCAGGCAAUACAAGCCAAGUUUAUGCAGUCUGCCCUCAUAAUUUAAUCCUCAAAAAGUUCCUAUAUUUUCAACUUCCACAUUGUGUCCAUAAAUGUGUCUUCUGAUCUCCCUGAAAUAUGCCCCUUGACAUUAUAUUAUGGCCUCGGAUCCUAUAGGUAUCCCUUGGUCACGUUAUGUAAACACACCAAUAACAAAUUAAAACAAUUUUCAUCAAAAGAAGAAUUCUGAAAAUCCAGGAUUUCUUGAAAAAUCUGUGGCCUGUGAUUUGCACAACAAACGUUGUGUGUUCUUAAAACUAAUGUAAAAUAUUCAGAUGUGUUCUUUCAGAAAAAAAAAUAAAGUAAAUUCCCCUAGAAUUGUGGCACUUCAUUGAAUUGAACUUACUAUGAAAGCACUCCAGAACAUUAACCUGUUGCAGAACCGUUGAGACUUCCAGCCAUACACUAGGACAUGUUCAAGGCAUUUCUCUUCCAAUCAAAAGUUUGCAGUUAACAAUGACACCUUUGUUCAGGAGUGCUGUGACACUUUAUAUGGCACAUUAAAGUUAAUUUUUCAGUAUUGUUUUAGAAUUAUUGCCCUUGUGCCUGAACUUCAUUCUUCCCACAUAUUAAGUCUGACUAAACUACAGUCAGUCAGCAAUUCAUGUUGCUGAACAUGACCUUUGAAAGCUGAUAGUCCAAAAACAUCCCAUUCUCAUCUUGAGAGUUACAUUAUGGAACUAUGUAAAAGGAAAAAUAUCUGAAUCACAACCCAUGUUAUCACCAGAUUUAUUUAUUAUACCAAUAUAAUAAUUGCAACUAAAUUGGUACACUAUGUGCGAUACUCUUAAUUCAUCAUCUCAAGUUGCUAUCACAAAGGACAGAACAGUAAUUACCACUCCAUCGCCUCAGUGAAACUCAAAGAUUGGUUCUGCACAGUUUGGAAGGUCACAACAUAUAAAUAGUCUAAUUUCAUAUUUCAAGUGGAUAUACAACAAAAGUGUACACAUCAUCAUACUUUACUAUAUUUUUUUAUGUCAACAAUACAGCCUAAUGCUAAAGGUGUUUUUUUUGUAUAUAUAAUUGUGUACCAGUGGUUGUAUUAGAGGGUGAAUUGCAUAGUGGUUAUGUAACUGGACUCAUAGUCCACAGACCUGGACAAAUGAUCUGGGGUUUUUAUGAGUUCACUUUCCACCGGGACAACUGGGGAACUUAACUUAAGCUAAUUGAAUAAACCUGGAAUUUAAAAAAGCUAGUAUCUGUAAAGGAGACAAUGAAACUACUGGAUUGCCGUUAAAGCCCACCUGAUUCAUUAAUGUUAUUUAGGAAAGGAAACCUGCCGUCCUUACGUGGUCUGGCCUGUAUGUGGCUCCAGAACCACAGCAAUGUACUUGACUCUUAACUGCCCUCUGAAAUGGCCUAGCAGGGCAUAGCGUUGUAUAGAAAAUGGGCCAUAAAUGCUGGUCUUGUCAGCAAGGCCCACAAUCCCGUAAAAGCAUCAAAAAAAUUUUGAAGUGAAAAAUGUGAUCAGAAUGCAAAGUAAUCAUCCAGUUGUUUGUUAUUCACUGCCACUUUGACCUGCAAUAAUUGAUUAAUGUGAUUAAAAGAGUGGAAUCAGAGCAUGAAUGUAUUAAACAAAUUAAAUAUUUGA